AUGGGGGAAUCUUCCAUAAACAACCAAUCAUCCUUAGGCAGUGACAACCUCCAAUGCAAACAAGAUGACAGUUACAAGUAUCAUGUGUACUCUGCGGUCUAUCUUGUUGUGUUUUUCUUUGGGCUGCUUUUUAAUGGAACAGCAUUGUACAUCUUUUGUAAGAUCAACAAAAAUAGAGGAGUAUCUACAAUUUGCUUGAUGAACCUUGCAUGUGCUGAUCUGUUCUCCGUAAUAUUUCUGCCAUUGAGAAUAUCUUACUUUCAGAAGGAUGCCACCUGGAUCUUUGGGGAUGUCAUGUGUCGUAUAACCACAUACUCUUUUUAUGUCAGUAUGUACUCCAGCAUCAUCUUCCUCGCUGUUCUAAGUUUCUUCCGAUACUUCUCAUUCAAGGCUCAUACAGUUGUUAAAACACAGACAGUUGUUAACAUUUGUAUAGCUGUUUGGGUCUUUACAGGUGUGAGCACGUCACCUUUUUUAUUAUCAGGAACCCACAUCCGUGAAAAUGUGACAAGGUGCUUUGAACCUUCAAGUGUGUCAUCGUGGACUAGAAUUAUGUAUAUGAACUAUUAUGCUUUGAUUGUUGGCUUCACAGUUCCUUUCUUGAUCAUUGUUGUAUGUAAUGGACUGCUUAUUAGACACACAUUAAAAAUACCAAUGGAGAAAAAACAUAUUCACAAACAAGUUGCUAAGAUUACAUUGGUUUUAUUAGUUUGUAGUGUUUGUUUUUUGCCCUACCACAUUCAGAGAACAAUGCAUUUACAUUACAUGGUUCAUCACCCAGAUAUCUGCAGCCUACAUUACACUCUGCAGCGCACAGUUGUGGCAACACUCUGUUUAGCUGUAUUCAAUAUUUGCCUUGAUCCUUUACUGUAUGUAUUCAUAGGACAUGGUUUCAAAUCGUGGCUUUUGUUGUUAUGUAGAUCAAAUAUUACUUUGCAUGUUAAGCCAUCAUCAUCUGAAUCUGAUGUGGUGAGGGAGGUUUUAGUAGAUGAAACACAAAUGGAAGAAAGUAUAAAGGUGCAGCAGUGAAGGAUUUGCUGGAUUUCAUUUGUAAAGUGCAAACAUUAGUAAAAUUUU